AUGUAUAGUGCCGUCAGUGUAGUCCUGCUUCUGCUUGGAUGGUGGUUUCUCUUUCGCGACAAUGAUGAUGAUGAUGAUGCUGCUGCUGCUGAUGGUCAUGGUGCUGAAUCGUCAUCGAUAUUAUCUGAAACGGAAUUGCUGGGAGUUACCAAGUCUUUCCAAAAAGAUGGGAAACGAUGGUAUAUUUACAGUGGACAAAGACACUUUCCCAAGACUGCCAAGUAUGUCAUGAUUGAUACUGCCGUACACACGAUUAAAGAUGGAGCUUUCAAGGGUCAUCAAUGUCUCCUCCGGGUCUACAUUCCUAGAUCAGUCAGGACCAUUGGAAUGGAAGCCUUCGAAGGAUGUACUGCCUUCGAAGGAUGUACUGCCCUCGGUACUGUCCGCCUGGAAGUGGGUCUCAGAGCCAUUGGGGAAGGAGCCUUUUUUCAAUGUCUGUCACUCCGCAAUAUUGUGCUACCGCCAGGCCUGGAAUCCAUCGGAAAUGGAUGCUUUUGCUACUGUAGAUCACUCCGAAGGAUAUCGAUCCCAUUGUCACUAGCGACGAUCAACGACUCCGCCUUUAACGAGUGUCAUUCGUUGGUCGAAGUCAAUUUACACAAACGAUUAAAGGUCAUUGGUCCAGGCGCCUUUGGAGACUGCAAGAUGUUGCAAGAAAUAGAACUUCCAGAUGGACUGGAAACGAUCAAACAUCGGACCUUUGAAGGGUGCACAUCGUUACAGUCAAUAGCAAUACCAGAGACUGUGGAACUCAUCGAUACACAAGCCUUUGACGGCUGUACAUCCCUCACUGCUGUGAAACUUGGCAAGCAAGGACGACUGAAAGUCAUUGGUCCUUGGGCCUUUCAUCGUUGCCUCCAGUUGGAGUCGGUUGAACUUUCCAAGGGGUUGAUUCUGAUCGCACAUCAUGCCUUCCAUUCCUGUGUAUCCCUGCAAACCAUGUCGAUACCAGGAUUGGUGGAGACCAUUGAGGAAUUUGCCUUUGGCUCGUGCCGAUCACUAAUCGAAUUGAAUCUUCAAGAUGGAAUCAAAACGAUUGGUGUCCGUGCAUUUGCAGCCUGUUCCGAAUUGAGUUCGGUUGCAUUUCCAAUUAGUCUGAAGUGGGUCCGAGAUGGUGCCUUUGCGGAUUGCCAGAGUCUUUUGGGUGUUGAGAUUCCAGCCAAGUCGGACAUGGUGCUGGAUGACAAUUGCUUCCGUUUUUGCCAUUCAUUGGUAAACAUUUCCAUUCCAUCCUCCUGUGAUUACGCGGCAUCCAACAAUAUCCUCGAAGGGAGCGAUUUGUUGGUUGGCGGGCCAAGGUGGCGCGACAGAUUUGAAGGCCUACCAAUCCACAAGGUUUGCUACCACAGUACCCCGGUUCUGACCAAGAAAGGGCUCAUUAAAAUGAUCCAAUCCCAAAACGUUCAAUUGUGGGAAGACGCCUAUGGUCUCACUCCAUUGCAUCUCAUUGCCACUUCCACGACACUUCGACAUGACAUUAUGGAAUGUCUCAUUGAUUCUUGUCCUGAGAAAAUUAUCUGGCACCAGGAUUUUCGUAGCAAGACGAUGAUGGAUUACAUCUUGCGUCAUACAUCCCAAAGAGCUGUUCCCCUGAUCAAAAUGGUCCUUUACAAACUUGUCGUUGAAAGGGUGUCUAGCUGGGACUUUGGCGACAAAUGGAGAGCAGUACUUUCGCUCUGGUUGGAAACGAUGCAGAAUGAUCAUGGAUUUGGGAGCAGAUGCGAUGUUCUGGAACAUUUCUUUGAUAAAGUCGGGUGCAUUAUACGAAUAGAAGUAACAUCACUGAUGGAGCUUGCGUUGUGGAAAAUGAGGAUGAACACUAUUGGGAAGGAAGAUCAAGAGACUAGUGACGAUAAUGACUUUCGAAGACGCUGUCGAUUCCAAAGUGGAGCUGGGGUUGUGAUUGAAAACGUGAUGGAAUACUUGUGGCAUGGCGAAUCGGAAACUCAUACUGGCUUAUCAAUGUUUCCAUCAUACCAUUCUCAUUCCCAAGGCUUGCCACUUCAAGGCGAUGGCCGAAAUUCCAGCCGUUGGUCGAAUGGCCAACACAAUUACUGA